AUGCCGCAGUCAUCGCAUCGAGACGACUUUUUCCAGACGGAUGCGUCAAUAGAAGAUAAUGAUCGCAAGGUCGCCAAGUCCAAGAAUGAGAAUGGCAGUCCUAUAAGAUUACAAAGCAAAAUAUUGGCCAUCACAGCUGAUCCUUUCAGCGUAAAUUCUGUUUAUAUUGCCGAGAGUGCUGGUUUGAUAAGGAAAGUUGGUCUAGAAACGGGUGGAACAUUGGCUCUUUAUAGAGGUCCAACAUCCCCUGUUACAAGUGUUGCUUUUAGCCCAGAUGGUAAAUUGAUAUUCGCUGGCUGCUGGGACAAGACAAUCUGGAGCUGGGAUGUACGGACGAGACAGCCACAGCGACGAUACGAAGGCCAUUCGGAUUUCGUAAAGACUGUCGCUUGUGCCCAUAUAGGCGGUAAAGAUGUGCUGAUCUCUGGCGGAGCGGAUUCUAAAAUCAUAACAUACGACAUCGCUAGCGGUGAAAAACUACAAGUCCUGAAAGAUCACUUGAGAGGCGUCCAAGACUUAUGCAUUGAUCCGGUAACUCUAGAUCAAAGCCAACAAACCAUCAAGCUAUUCUCAGCUGGAAGCGAACGAGAGAUUCGAGAAUAUACACUUGGCCUAGCAACGGCCAAUGUUGAGGAUCCCCUCAUUGUCCACGAAACAAGUGUAUACAAGCUAUAUUUCGACGAAGAUGGCGACCUGUGGACUGCUUCUGCUGACAAGUCGGCAAAAUGUCUUACACGGGACAGUGGCUGGAAACCGAACAUGACACUCGAGCAUCCAGACUUUGUUAGAGAUGUGGUGGUCUUUGAACAAGGGGGUUGGGUCAUCACGGCAUGUCGUGACGAAGAGGUCCGAAUAUGGAACAAAGCGACGGGCGCUCUAUACCAUACCUUCACCGGGCAUUUUGAGGAGGUGACUGGUCUACUUUUGAUUGGAAGCCUAGUUAUUAGUGUCAGCAUAGAUGCGACCAUCAGGCAGUGGAGUCUCAAACCAACAGAUCUACAAAAGGCUAUCGAAGAAGCUAAAAAGAAACCAGCUGAAGAAGAACAGCCGAAGCAGGAAUCCAUGUUGACUGAAGAGGAGGAGCGGGAGCUAGCCGAGCUGAUGGGUGAUGACUGA